ACUGAUCGCCGACAAGGGCCAUCGCCGAUCGAUCGGCGAUGCACCGCCGAUUCCGGGCCGAUGUUCCCCCCAUGAGCCCAGGAGCAGGCUCCCCCCUGACGUUGCCCCUCGUGCUCUCCAGCAGCUGCGCCUCGCCGAGGGCGUUCCUGGGGUGCCCAGAUCCCCCCCGAGCGGCCGCCAGGGGGCCGAGUCAUGACCCGAGAGCCCUUCGAGGCCACCCGGCAACGGCAGGAUUACGCGGCCGUCGCAGACCCACAUGGCAUAAAUAUUGAUUUUCCAAGAUCCGCGCGGAUUUCUCAGAUCGGCGCUGGACCCCUUCAGAGGCCAGCAACAUAUGUACACGUACGCGGUUAGCUUCCCCUGGAGUGCGUUUGAACGAGGACGUUCUUGCACUCGAGACCGCGGAGGGCGUACAUGUACAUAUGUCGUUGCUCGCUCACCCUUGGGGGCGCCCGCGGCGCCGCCCUUUGUUUGUUUUGGUAGUAUCAGCCGUAGUCCUCGUCUUAUUUGUGGUCGUGAUUUCACAAGGACGGUCUCAUCUUCGCGCUCAGAUUCGCAUGCAUCUUCGCACUUCUAUCCGACCAUGUUCUUUAACGAAGUACUCGUCAGUGCACAUACUCAGGCUUACUAUCAAAUUUGGGUUUUUAUUCAAGUUCUGAGACUAUGAGUUUCUUAACCCAUGAUCUCUUAAGCAUUUCGCAGGGUGUAUCCAUGAUCCUACCAAGCUCCUCUUGCGUGUUCUCAUCCUCUUCCUACAGGGGUCGCGGGAGAGUCUGUUGGAUGUCUUGGUGUGCUACACCAUGUGCUGGCUGCCGUCGGCGAUUCUGCUUAUAUGGGCCUGGGGUCGGCUUGGGAAGCGGAAUGGUGUGCAUCCAGGCCUCAUGGCAAAUUUCUUCCUCUCGGGGGCGAUCCUGGGCUGCGCAUACGCAGCGUUUUUCGAAAUUUUGGAGGAAAUGGCGUGGCAGAUGAUCUCCCCUUCCUGCACCGCUGGGAACUUCGACGUUGGCUACACGAUCGCAGGUCAACCGUUUCCUCGUCCAAUGACGGUGACAUGUGGAAUAUCAGUGGCAGGGAUGUGGAUUCUGACUCCAGGGCUGAUUGAGGAAACUGGCAAGGCUAUCUGGUUGUUUCUCCGACUGCGAAAGAGCCUGGGCGAUCUGCCCGAGACUUGUUUUGGAUGUCUUCCAGCAAACACCAGUCGUGUCUUCUGCGGGUGGUUCAAACUGGCGCCUACCCCGUAUCACGUGCUGCUUUGCUCGCUGGCGGGGGGGGCUGGCUUCGAGUGUCUGGAGAAUAUGAAGUACGUUUUCUCGCCGAGUGACAGGAUGCCUCAGGAAAGCCCGGUGGAAGUGGUAUUCGCUCGCGCUCUGUCGUCGAACCUUCACAUGAUGUGGACGGGCCUGAUUGGGCUUGGCCUGGCCCGGAGGAUGUUCCCAUCCGGUGGGCCUGGCAGCUCGCUGCUGUGUGUCGUUAUGCCGUCGGUCGUUCUGCACGGCCUGUUCGAUUUCGGCAUCACCCUGAUACAGAACGUCGCGUCCAGGGCGGACAGGAGGAAGGGCAUGAUGGACCGCGGCGAGGCGGGCGAGCUAGUUCAUACACAUAUGGACAGUGGCGAGGCGAGCGAGCUGCUCUUUCUUGCGACCGCGUUGAUUGUCCUCGCCUCGGCCGGCGGCUGGCUGGCCUUGGGGAUGCUCACCAGGCGUUCCCGCAGCUGCUGCUUCGCCCCCGACUUCUUCGACUCCGCCUCGGCGGCGCGCGGAUGUCCCGCGGCGGAUGCCGCGGCGAGGCGGCCGCUGCUGCUGGCCGCGUGACGACGACGCGCGCGCCCUCGGCCCGCCGCCCGCGCGCUGUGUUCCGCGGGCUGGGCGUCGGCUGGGCUGUUGCUCGAAAGAGUGUGGCAGGGAUGGGCUCUCGGCCGCGCGUACCUC